AAGCAACCUUUCAUUCUAGCUGGACUCCGAUUGGAGAGCUUGGAGAGGUUUUUUUUCUUUCUUUCUGGCCACACAGCACAGUAGGCUAUACCUCUUCUGGCCCGUAGCCAAUGGGAAUGGGCCUUAGAUAAACUGUCUGUUUGGGCUGUCAGAAAGCACUCCGCUGGUUGACAUCACAGUAAUUAUUUGACACCUCCAAUAUGCAGUCUCUGACUGGACCUCCUCUAUUGGUUUGUUAGGUAUACCAUGGGCUGUGGGUGGAGAGGAGAGGUAGGUGGUUUCUUAAAGAUGAAUGAAAGGGGGUCUUUGUCCUGAAUUUUUUAAACUUUUAUUUUUUUUACCCACUCCCCUGCUUCCUCUCACCACUCCUCUAUCCUCUCACCUUUUGGGGGUUUUCUGGGGUUUGUGGCCAAAAAUCAUGUCCUGGGGAUGAGAGUCUAUAAAAGCCAUUCAGGAGUUGAGAUUCCUCACUUUGAAAAGGUUUCUGUCCAAAAGGAGGCUGACCAGGAGAGUCCAUGGCAGAGCUGACCAUGAACAGAUUAGCGCUCCUAUUUUUCUGCUUAUAUGCAACAGCCUCACUAAUUGAUGGGAAGCCCAGCCAGAGAACAGAGAAGCCCAGGAGCUCCAAACCCGUGGUAGCAGCUGACUUACCUGAUCCGGAUAACACAGAUGAUACUCUCCGCCCUGGUGGCAGCGGGCAGUGCUCGGUGAAUGGGAUGUUCCUGUUUGACAGGGCCAUGUGGUCGCCUCAGCCCUGCUCCGUGUGCCAGUGUCAGAAGGGAACUGUCAGCUGUCACCCUGUCCCCUGCGGCGGUUCAAAUAACCAGCAGACAGUGGCUCCCAAAGCCAAGAAACCCUCCUCUAAUGCAGAGAAGAAAGAGGGGAUUCCAAAGCAGAAGAAGAGUCUCCAAAGGACAUCAGAAGAAGGAGGAGCAGGACGUCAGAAGAAGGAGGAGCGGCAUGUUACUCCAGUGAAAGUGGUUGCUGUUGUGAAAUCCAUGGCCACCCAGAACAAAAAACAAGAAGUAGCAGUGAAGAAACAGGAAGUGGCUGUGAAGAAACAAAAAGUGGCUGUGAAGAAACAGGAAAUGGUUGUGAAAACAAAAGUCAGGAAGACCGAGGUCCCUGUGGCCAAGAGGCGUGACCCGAAGAUAAACAAAGACGGCCUUCCAUACCUUCCCUACGAUGAUGACGAUCACGAUGACCAUGACCACAGCGAGCAUGACGACAAUGACGACGAUGAUGAUUAUAUCAUCAGGGCCACCGGAAAACCCACCAUGAGGUUGGCACCAAUGGGGAGACCAGUCACCAUGGCGACUGGCCGACUGGCUACUACCACCACUAGGAGACCCAUGGUGAGGGGGCCGGGACGUGCUGUGGUCACAUUCCCCAGGAGACACAGCAUCAUGGAGUCUCUCCCUGCUGGCUGCCUGCUCUCGGAGUCUCUGAUCGCCUGUGGCAGCACUGGCAUGGUCCACAUCCCCAUCCUCUCAGACCAGGGGGUCAAGACCCUCUAUCUGGCAGACAAUAAGAUCAAUAAGAUCCCUCCCCGGGCGCUGGCUGGGCUGCCCAACCUGGAGUGGCUGGACCUGAGCAAGAACAAGCUGGACGACUCCUCCAUCAGCCCUGACCUGUUCCAGAACCUGACCCAGCUGAGGAGGUUGAAUUUAGAUGGCAACAAUCUGACCAAAGUCCCUUCGAUUCUACCGCCGUCCCUGGUGGAGCUUAAGAUAAAUGACAACAAGAUCCUGGGCCUCACACCUAGCAGCUUUAAAGGUUUGUCCAAAUUGCUGACACUGGAGCUUGAGGACAACCAAUUCCACGAUGGGAAUGUGUCACCGUUGACCUUCCGGCCCCUCAAGAAACUCAUCUAUUUGCGACUGGAGGACAACAAGUUCCGGGCCAUCCCCUCUGGGCUUCCUGUGACCCUGCAGGCACUUCACCUGUCGGAUAACAGAAUAGAAGAGGUGCAUGAGGGGAUCCUCAACAAGACCAUCAACCUCAGGUUUCUGGAUCUCAGUCAUAAUAGGAUCCGGGAGGACCGCAUAGCCCCAAGGGCCUGGAUACACUUGUUAAAGUUGGAGUCGUUGGACCUGUCGCACAAUACGCUGGUGCAUGUUCCCUCCUUCCUCCCUGUGGGUCUACAGCAGCUCCACCUGCACCACAACCAGAUUGAGCGGAUCCCUGGCUACGUGUUUGGCCACAUUAAACCAGGACUGGACCUCCUUCACCUGUCCCACAACAGGCUGGCCAACGACGGCAUUGAUGAUGUGUCCUUCCUGGGCCUUUACAACUCCCUGACUGAACUCCUGCUGGACCACAACCAGCUUCGCUCCAUCCCCAGGGGGCUACUGAAGCUCAAGAGCCUGCAGCUCCUCCGCCUCAACCACAACGUUAUCAGAUACGUUCCUCUGAACUCUCUGUGUGACAUGCGCCAGAGUGACGACUCGCCCCUAGUCUCCGUUCACCUGGAGUACAACCUGAUUGACAGGCGUCUCAUCCCGCCCACCGCCCUAUCCUGCAUCAAGACCUACCACAGCAUCAUACUACGGCCCCAGAGUUACGAGGAAGAUUACCACCAUGAAGAUUACUAGUACCCCCCUUCCUCACCUCCCUCCUUCCUUUUCACC